AUGGUUCUUCACAACCCCAACAACUGGCACUGGGUGAACAAGGAUGUCAGUGGCUGGGCGAAGGAGUAUCUUGACAAGGAGUUAACGCAGCUCUCAGUCGAGCAAGAUGGCGUUUCAGCAAAGAUCACCAGUGUCAUGAGCAUGGACGGCGAUGUGGAUGUCAGCCAGCGCAAGGGCAAAGUCAUCACGCUGUUUGACGUAAAAGUCAAAUUGGAAUACUCUGGCAAGAACAAGGACGGCGAGGAAGCCAGCGGCACCAUCACGAUUCCCGAAGUGGCGCACGACACGGAGGAAGACGAGUAUGUCUUUGAGAUAGAUGUCUACUCCGAGGAUGCGAGCAAGCAACCCGUAAAGGACCUUGUACGAUCCAAGCUCGUGCCUGAACUUCGCAAGAACCUAGCCAAGUUUGGGCCUGCUGUAAUGGCUGAACAUGGCAAGGACAUCCAGCAUGCUCCGGGAUCCAACCCAUCGAGCGGAUUCACCACGCCCAAGGUGUAUUCUAGCUCUAGUGUGAACAAGUCUGAGACCAAGUCUACCACGACUACAUCAAAGACUGGCACUGGCUCAUCAGUCAACACUGUCACCAUCACCGACAGUACAGAGUUCCGCACUACGGCUGAAGAGCUGUUCAAGACCUUCACCGACCCGCAGCGACUUGCUGCUUUCACACGCUCCCCACCCAAGAACUUCACCGGUGCCAAGCCAGGCGGCACGUUUGAGUUGUUUGGCGGGAAUGUGUCUGGAGAGUUUACCACUUUGGAAGAGCCGAAGCACAUCGUCCAGAAAUGGCGGUUAGCACAGUGGCCGGCGGGUCACUACUCCUCUCUCUCCAUCUGGUUUGACCAGAACGACGUGGAUGCCGUCACCGUCAUGAGGGUUGAAUGGAAGGGCGUUCCGGUCGGCCAGGAAGAGCCUACCAAGGGUAACUGGCGUGAAUACUACGUAAAGAGCAUGAAGACGACUUUUGGAUUCGGAACUGUUCUAUAG